GUGGCUCGCAGUGCAUGAUGGGCCAUGUACCGGUGGAGCUCUCCACUGCGGCCAAUCGACUGAUUUCCUCCCGGGUUUCACCGACAUUCCUGGGAUGUUGAGGACGGGAAAACACGGCUGCUGUACUCCAGAAAACAGCUAGCCUGAGGGCCCCGUGCCCAGGCCAUGGCCUCCAGUCGCAGCUCUCCUUCAGGGCCUCGGCGCGGUGCAGGAAUUUUCCACAAAGAGCGGGACGAUCCGCGGCUCAGGGUCCGCUCUCUGCCUGAUGUCUGCCCCAAGGAGCCCACAGGUCAGGGUCGUGGCCUGUGUGGCGGUCCGUCUGUGGUAGCGGAGCAUGAACCCUGGACAGUUUACAGUUCUAAGGUCAAUCUCCCUGCUGCUCUGAACGACCCUCGACUCGCCAAACGAGAGUCUGACUUCUUCACUAAAACAUGGGGCCUGGACUUCACUGAGACCGAGGUGGCUCAGUGCAGCCACCUGCCUUCCAUCACCAGAGAUGAUUUCAGCCACUACCUGCAGGAGACCGCACAGAGGGAGCGCAUUCACGAACGCUGCAAGGCGAUCUGCCCCAACAAAGACGUGGACUCGGUCUCCAGUGUCAACAUCAACCACGAUAAAACUAGAUCUGAGCUCGAACAAGUCCCAAAGAUCUUCAUGAAGCCUGAUUUUGCCCUGGAGGACCCCAGCACAUUUAACGCAGUUCUGCCCUGGUCUCAUUUUAACAACGCUGGAGGAAAAAGUAGCAGAGAUGUGGCUUCUUCAAAACUACUGCAGGAAAAACUGAGCCACUACCUGGAUGUGGUGGAGGUGAGCAUUGCGCGUCAGAUCUCCCUCCGCUCCGAUGCCUUUUUUCACGCCAUGUCGUCUCAACACGAGCUGCAGGACCGGCUCCAGAACACACAGAGAGCCGUGUCCGUCCUGAGGCAGCGUACAGCAGACAUCGACCGCGUCAUGUGCCGGGGCCCACUGAGCGCUCUCCGAUCUGCGCUCACACGGAACAACUGUGUCAAACUGCACAACAAACUCAAGCUGAUGGCCGCAGUGCAUCAGACCCAGCCCACUGUGCAGUUACUCCUGUCCACCUCUGAGUUUGUGGGGGCGCUAGAGCUCAUCGCUACGACCAAAGAGGUGCUACAACAGGAGCUGCAGGGAAUACACAGCUUCAGACACCUGGGCUCUCAGCUGUGUGAGCUGGAGAAGCUCAUUGACAAAAUGAUGGUGGAGGAUUUCAGUAUUUACGCUCGUAGUGAUCUGAAUCGAAACCUGAGGGAUGAGCCACAGGUCCUUGAGAAGGAGCGUCUGGAAUCGCUGGUCUUUGGGUUGCUGCGUCAGAGGAAGCUGGACUUUCUGGACAUUUACAAUGAAGAGAUGAUUUCAGCAGCAAAAGCCAUCGUCAACCAGUGUGUGGCUGACUGUGUUUUACAAAUAGAAGAAAUUGACACUGAAGUUGUUACCAAGCUGGCCGAUCAGAUGCGAGUGAUGAUGUUUCCUCAGUGGUUCGAUUUGUUGAAGAACGUCUUUGAGUGUUUCCUUCUAUUUCUACAAAGGAUCAAGUCGACUCUGAGCGUGAUCCGCAAAGUGGUCCUGGAGGCGUUGGAUUCUCAUCAGAAGCACCAGGCUCUGGAAGUCACUGUGUCCAACCCCAGUGAAGUUUCCCAAAAUGCUUUGCAGCUCCAGGGCGUGGCGGAGCUGGCCUACCUCACACAUGAAGGCCUGUUUAUCAGUGACGCUCUGAAUGAGGCAAAACAUACAGAGCAGAGCGCUGCACAGGAGAGAGAGAGCAGGCAGCAGGAUGCAGCGCAGACUGCAGGGGGCGCUAACAACCUAUCUGCUGAGAACAUGAUGCCAUCUGAGCUGGAGUUAAACAGAGUCCUGAACAACCUGCAGGAGGCGCUGUUUUCUGCAUCUGACGUCAGCCAUGACCGCUGCGUCAAACUGCUCACCGCCAGGGCCAAGGACGGUUCACUGGAGCGUCUCUCCUCUGCAGAGUUUGUGUGUCUGUCUCGGGCCGUGGAGCAGUUUGUCAGAGACACAGAGGAGCUGAGCGGCAGGCGCAGUGUCAGCCUGAGGGGGGCGCUGCAGACCCAGGCCAACCGCUUCGUCCAUCGCUUCCAUGAAGAGCGCAAAACCAAACUUGGUUUGCUGCUGGACAACGAGCGGUGGAAACAGGCUGAAGUUCCGGCUGAAUUUCAGGAUCUGGUGAACUCCAUCGGAGACGGACGCAUCUCUCUCCCAGAGCGGAAACUCUCAGGUCCAGAUGACAAGAAACCCACUGAGUUCCUCCUGGUGAAUGGACAGAAGUAUGCUGUGGUUGGGACUGUUCUGCUGCUGAUCCGGAUGUUCCUGGAGUACUGUCAGUGUGUGAACGACAUCCCGUCCAUCUCCACAGACAUGCUCACCAGACUGUCCGACCUGCUCAAGCACUUCAACUCUCGCAGCUGCCAGCUGGUCCUGGGAGCCGGGGCUUUGCAGGUCGUGGGCCUCAAAACCAUCACUACAAAAAACCUAGCGUUGGCGUCUCGGUGUCUGCAGCUGGUGGUACACUACAUUCCUCUGAUCAGAGCUCAUUUCGAGACAAAACUUCAGCCCAAACAGUUCAGUGUCCUGCGCCACUUCGACCACAUCACUAAGGACUACAACGACCACAUCGCUGAGAUUUCUGCCAAACUCGUGGCCAUCAUGGACAGCCUGUUUGAGAAGGUUUUAUCAAAGUAUGAAGUGAAGGCCCCGAUGCCCUCCGCCUGCUUCAGAAAUGUGUGCAAACAAAUGGCCAAGAUGCAUGAAGCCAUCUCUGACCUUCUGCCAGAGGAGCAGACUCAGAUGCUGUUUCUGAGGAUUAACGCAAGUUUUAAAAUGCACUUGAAGCGUCAGCUGUCUCGACUCGGAGUCAUCAACGACGGAGGACCUCAGCACGGGUUGGUGGUGGUGGACGUUGCGUUUUACACUGAAAACAUCCAGGUUCUAAAAAGCCUAGAGCGACUUGACCUCAACAUGGCUGAAAUCUGGGAGCAGAAAAGGUGAUGGCAGAGAAAGCUGUAAAGAGGGACGGGAACAGAAAGACUAAAUUAAACGACAAACCAACGGGUGAAAUGUGGCACCAGCGAGCCACUCAACGCUGCUAGAUGUCCACUACGGCAAGCAAAAGGGACCAAAACUCAAUGAAGAAAUGCGUGUGGCUCCACCUUAAAAAACUCUCCACAAACAGCCUUCUCUCCUCACUGUGUGCAAUCAACAGUACGUUAUUUAAGGCGGUGCUGUGAAGAUUAUGUGCAAAAAAUAGUAAUGGUUAUAAUUUAUUUUUCUCAAAAGUUGUCUUGCUUCAGGGUCGAGGCGCACAGGAAUCAAACUAUGGAUGAUAGCUAAAAACACUGUUUGGUUUUUAACGCCAAGAUGAUUUUUUUACUCUUUACAUAAACCUGUGAGUAAUGACAUGGACAGACUGGGCUGAAAUUAAAGAUUUAUGGGUAAAAUGUUGAAAUAAAACAAGACUGGAAA